CUUUCUCUUUCCUCCCUCUUUCUUUUGCUACUGUGAACCCACACUUGAAACCACCUUUGAUUUUCCUCACCAAAUCAAUUCAUCUUCUUCCCCUUGAUUUUCCUCACCCCUUUCACCCCUUUCUCUUCUAGAUCUGUAUGUUCAUCGCCCAUCACUUGCGCACCGAAUAGAUCCAGGACCACUGCAAAUCAAAUCUCAAAAUCUACCCCAAUUCGCGGGAAUAUGGCUCUUUUAAGUAGUCUAGAAGAUGCAUUGUCAUCAUCAAACAAAAUUGUCCCUCCGAGGCUUUUGAACCAAGCAAUUGCUGGGUUCAAUCAAACCUAGCAAAGCUGUUGGGUUCUUCCUAACGCAGCAGGCCGUUAGGUUCAAUGGGAAGAAAGGGAAGAGAUGUUAGGGUUGAAAGCUCCUGGGUUCCAAGCUGCUGUUAACAUGAUAGGUUUUUGGGUUUGUUAACGAACCCAGAACAACAUAAACACAACAAAAUGAAGUUAUCACCUGCAAUUUCAAACCCAAACAUCAAACCAAACACAAUCUGAACAUGAAAUUUUUGUUUCAUUCAACCCAUAAAUAGAUAGAUUCAAAAUAAUUAUAUAUAAAAAAAAAAAAGAGCGGGGGUUGGAACGCAGAACUGGGUUUCCCAAGGAACCCAGAAACUGGGUACCACGAGGAACCCAGAAACUGGGUACCACGAGGAACCCAAAAACUGGGUACCCCAUGAAACCCAAUUUUUGGGUUUGUCAACGAACCCAGAACUGGGUUCCUAGCAAAACCCAAUUUCUGGGUUCAUCAAGGAACCCAGAAACUGGGUUCUGCGAGGAACCCAGAAACUUCGCAAAACCCAGUUUCUGGGUUCAUCAAGGAACCCAGCAACCGGGUUCCGCGAGAAACCCAGAUUUGGGUUCAAACCCAGCACGUGGGUUCCUCAAGGAACCCAGAACCAAGUUCAAACCCAGCACAUGGGUUCCUCAAGGAACUAGGUUCUAGAGUGAAGAGGAUGAUGAAGAGUAGAAGAGAUGCUCCCAAUAUAAAUGAGGCUGCCACACAACUUAUCAAGUUUCAUGGAAGUUAUCAACAGUAUAAUAGGGAUGAGCGUGGUGCCAGGUCGUAUUCGUUUAUGCUUCGGACUAAGAAUCCUUGUGGAAAAGUCUCAAACAAACUUUACUUGACCAUGGAUGAUCUUGCUGAUCAGUUUGGAAUUGGGACACUUCGGUUGACUACAAGACAAACAUUUCAGCUCCAUGGUGUUCUGAAGAAGGACCUUAAGACAGUGAUGAGCAGUAUUAUUAGGAGCAUGGGUUCAACUCUUGGUGCUUGUGGUGAUCUCAACAGAAAUGUUCUUGCUCCUGCAGCCCCAAUUGCGAGAAAAGAUUAUCUCUUUGCUCAGGAAACAGCAGAAAAUAUUGCUGCACUUCUAACCCCUCAGUCAGGGUUCUACUAUGAUAUGUGGGUGGAUGGGGAGAGAAUCAUGACAGCAGAACCUCCAGAAGUAGUGAAGGCUCGCAAUGAUAAUACUCAUGGAACAAAUUUCCCUGAUUCACCUGAGCCCAUUUAUGGAACUCAGUUCUUGCCAAGGAAGUUCAAAAUUGCUGUAACUGUUCCAGGAGAUAACUCGGUGGAUAUUCUCACAAAUGACAUUGGUGUUGUUGUUGUUACUGAUGAGAAUGGAGAGCCUCAGGGAUUCAACAUAUACGUUGGUGGUGGUAUGGGAAGGACACAUAGGUUGGAGACAACAUUUCCCCGUUUGGGAGAACCUUUGGGUUAUGUCCCAAAAGAGGACAUUUUAUAUGCCGUUAAAGCCAUAGUUGUUACACAACGAGAUAAUGGGAGAAGAGAUGACCGCAAAUAUAGUAGGAUGAAAUAUUUGAUAAACUCCUGGGGAAUAGAAAAGUUUAGAAGUGUAGUUGAGCAAUAUUAUGGAAAGAAAUUUGAGCCUUUCCGUGAGUUGCCUGAGUGGGAAUUUAAGAGUUACUUGGGUUGGCAUGAACAGGGAGAUGGUGGUUUAUAUUGUGGGCUCCAUGUAGAUAAUGGCCGAAUUGGAGGGAAAAUGAAAAAGACACUCAGAGAAGUAAUAGAAAAGUAUAAUCUGAAUGUGUGUAUCACCCCAAACCAGAACCUUCUCCUCUGUGACAUUCGCAGUGCAUGGAAGCGUCCCAUUACCACAGUUCUUGCACAGGCUGGUCUGCUGCAUCCUAGAUAUGUGGAUCCCCUAAACAUCACUGCGAUGGCUUGCCCGGCUUUGCCACUCUGCCCACUAGCCAUAACUGAAGCUGAACGUGGAAUACCUGGACUCCUUAAACGUGUUCGAGCUGUAUUUGAGAAGGUUGGUCUCAAGUACAGUGAAUCUGUGGUAAUAAGGGUGACUGGAUGCCCUAAUGGUUGUUCUAGACCAUACAUGGCUGAACUUGGACUGGUUGGUGAUGGUCCCAACAGCUAUCAGAUUUGGCUCGGGGGAAGACCCAAUCAAACCCAACUUGCAAGAAGUUUUAUGGAUAAAGUCAAGGUUCAGGACCUUGAAAAAGUUUUGGAACCCUUGUUUUAUUACUGGAAACGAAAAAGACAAUCCAAAGAGUCAUUUGGUGAUUUCACAACCCGCAUGGGAUUUGAGAAACUAAAGGAGUUGGUGGAAAAAUGGGAAGGUCUAGUAACAAAACCACCAAGGUACAACCUGCAACUUUUUGCCGAUAAAGAAACAUAUGAAGCCAUGGAUGAAUUUGCAAAGUUGCAGAACAAGAGUGCUCAUCAACUGGCAAUAGAAGUCAUUCGCACUUUUGUUGCCACACAGCAAAAUGGGAAGGUUGAAUGAACUAUCAGUAUCUAACUCAUUUAAAAUCUUGUAGAGGGAUUGUCUGUCCCUCCCUCCCUCCCUCUAUCUCUACAGGCUGUUAAGAUUCAAUAACAUCUGGAACAGAUGAAUUUUGAUAAGAGUUUGUAGCUUAUUUCAGUGUUGUUCGCUUUUACAGGAUCUGGAUUCUGUAAAAAUAAAUUUGAGCUCUUCUG